CAGUGAAGUUACAUCACUAGUUAUCUUGCAAAGGUCGGCCGGGUCGUGCUGAUUACUCUAAAAUCGUAUACCUACCCGAAGUUAUUAAGUAAUUCCAUUCAUAAUAUACGCACAAUAAUGUUCUCACGCGUACUAAAACCCGUAGCCUCCGUGGCCGUACAAAAUGGAGCCAAGAGCUUCUCCACAUCACCUCAGAGCAACUACAAAGUUGUCGUGGCUGGUGCCGCCGGUGGUAUCGGCCAGCCCUUGGCCCUGCUGCUGAAACAGAACCCCUUGGUGAGCCACUUGGCUUGCUAUGACAUCGCGCCGGUGACCCCUGGCGUAGCAGCCGACCUUUCGCACAUGGACACCCCAGCCAAGGUCACGGGCCACAAGGGACCUGAAGAACUCGGCGCCGCUAUUGAAUCUGCCGAUGUAGUGGUGAUCCCAGCCGGAGUCCCCCGCAAGCCGGGCAUGACCCGCGACGACUUGUUCAACACCAACGCCUCCAUCGUCAGGGACCUUGCUGCAUGUGUGGCUGCGAAGGCACCCAAAGCAAUGCUAGCUAUCAUCACCAACCCUGUUAACUCGAUGGUGCCCAUCGCGUCUGAGGUUUUGAAGAAGGCGGGUGUGUACGACCCGAAACGCGUGUUCGGCGUCACAACCCUGGACGUUGUCCGUGCCGCCGCUUUCAUCGGCGAGAUCAACGGUGUAGACCCUCGCUCGGUGACCAUCCCCGUGAUCGGAGGGCACUCGGGUGUGACCAUCAUUCCCCUGCUCAGCCAGAGUCAGCCCCCUGUCAAGCUCACCGACCAAGCCAAGAUUGAUGCGCUGACCAAGAGGAUACAGGAGGCCGGUACUGAGGUAGUGAAGGCGAAGGCCGGUGGUGGUUCGGCCACACUCUCCAUGGCGUACGCCGGCGCCAGGCUCACCAACUCACUGCUUAGGGGACUUAAGGGUGAAGCCAACGUAGUAGAAUGCGCGUACGUCAAGUCUGACCUCACAGAAGCUGCCUACUUCGCGAACCCGGUGUUGCUCGGCAAAAAUGGUCUAGAAAAGAACCUCGGCUACGGAAAACUCAACGCGUACGAACAACAACUGCUCAAGGAUGCCCUCCCUGAACUCCUCAAGAACAUCAAAACCGGAGAAGACUUCGCCAAGAAGUAGAUAUUAUAAAAAAAAUAAGAUCAGACCUCAUUGUCGUGAUAAAAAACAUACUUUUUCAAUAAACUAUGUAGUUUGUCCAAGGUCUAAUCAAAUAGCUCUAAUUCAAGUGUAGAUGAUGUACUCAAUGUAUGAUUUGUAUAAAGCCGAUCGAAAUUUUUAUCCCCAUUUUUGUAUGUGCAUUUUGUUAAAUCAUAUUCAGUUAUUUAUUUGAUGUCCUCGCUCGGCACAAAGUGACGGGUGGGGAGUCGUCUGUAUAUAGGCUGCUUGGUUCUGUGUGAUGUGUCAAUAAACACUUUUUUAUUA